AUGAGCUCUGGUGUAAGAGCCUUUUUGGCAGAUCUGGCCAAAGCCAGAGAAUCGCAGCACACCAACAUUUCGAGAAUCCGAAGAGGUGAUUCCGAUGGCGAAGUGUCACUCCUAUACUCCAACGACUUGCUGGAUGAAGCAUUGGAGAUACAGGUUCUUUCCACAGAUUUGACUUCAUACCCACAAGGUUCAAGCUUCAUGAUAUUUACCUCGUCAGAAACUUGCAAGCCUAACAUCGUCUCCCUUCUCGAACGCAUCGCUUCCAGUACCAAAGGAUCGACGCUCCAAGACGUCAUUGAAACCCUGUCGGCUAGGUUAACAGCCAGCUUUACCGACAUGCAUUCUGACAGCUCUGACAGUGAGGGCUUGCUGGACGAUGUCUACGAUGACGAAUAUUCCGCCUCUAGUGAAGUCGAUAAUUUUCAAAUCCUUGAAAGUGCCGAAGAGAGUUCAGGCGACGACGCCUUCACAGAACCACUGGGUUAUUUUCACAGUGCUGAAGAACUUCGCCGACUCUACAAAGACUUGAGAUUGGCCCAAAAAGUUGGAUUCACGGUUGGACUAUUCCCAAAUAGCCCUAACUGUCUGUUAGAGGCAAUAUCGAUAUCCAUCAGAGUUUCCAGCCUGGCCAUUCCUUCGGAGGCGAUGAGCGCGUGGGAUGUUAAGCCAACAGAUUACAUCGUAUUGCUGGUUCGGAUCUUGACGGUGUAUCCGAACUUGGACACAUUGCUUUCGGCACCAGCGUUGGAGACUUGCCUACACCUUCGGUUUGGAAAAUGCGAACUGGCCAAGCCAUCGAUGGAGUCUAUGAGAUUGGCAUUUGGUUAUAGUCCACAAGCCAAGGAGGGCUCUAGUACCUCGCAAUCCACACCCAGCCGCUUCGCCCAAGUUUAUAUGUCCAACUCAAUCGAUAUUCUCCUCAAAAAUUCAUUCACUACUCUGCUAAAGCUACGAAGGGAACAUGGAUUCACAUGGGAUGACGCACAGGGCAUAUUUAACGAUUUUACCGGACGAGUUGCGUCACAGAUAGCAGUGGAACACACAAACAAGUCAGCCAGGCACGAAGUUCCCAUCUCCACACACGUUCCGUCGAGCCUUCAACACGAUUUUGCACUGGGCGAUGAAGCCAAUGUAAGUUUCCCGCUCGUUGCAAUGCAAUUUGCACUUCGGCACUUUUGCAAAUGUACGGAAUAUUGUAUGGUGUGUCACCUGAAACUCGACAAUGAAUUUGAGACUCUCAAACCCUAUGUCUGUUCCAAGGACCUUUGCUUGUUCCAAUAUCUAUCUUUGGGAUUAGGCCCAAACAUUGAACACGAGGUCAUCAGCAACCCAUAUGUCGUUGAUCUUCUCAUCAGCUUCUUUUAUGCUGGUGAGAGCCAGCAAAGCACCCGAGCAUUUCCUCGUGGGUUAGCCCUGAAAGUGCCCGUUGUGCAGCACAUGGUGCCUCAUCUUGAGAUCGAGACAAAUCUUCAAUCUGAAGAAUUCUGGAUCCGACAAGCUAGAAAUGAGCCGGAACAUGUUGAUGUACGCAAGAGAAUCAGAGAUGGUGACUGGUUUGUAAUGUUCAUAAAAAACAUGGGAUACGUCGAAAAACGCAUCUGCCGUGUUUCAGCAGUUCUAGAGGACGGCUGUCGCUUCUCGUUCGAAAGCAUAAACGUGGUCAAGGAGCCGACAGAGAAGGGAGAAGUAGUCGCUGAAAUAGACAUGGCGGAAAGCGAGAUCGCGGCACAGGCAUUGAAAAGGAGCGUAAACAAUUCUGACGAAACCCGACGGCCGGGGUUUAUAUUUCCCUACGAGCAUGAUCCUGACGAUCUUGACGGCGACCAGCGAGCCCUCGCGUUGACGACAUUGCUUGAUGGCAUGCCAACUGUGCUGGAAAUGAGAGACUUCUUACUGGCAGAACCGGGACGUUUGCUCUCCUCUUGGAAACGAAUGAAUCGCUCUGCGCUGUCGUUGAUACGCUGGAUUGUCGCUUCAAACACCUCUUACAUUGUGCAGGACAGUCCCGUUACGUCCGGCAACCCUCAGCCUGACGGCUGCUGCGAAAUUAAACCGACAUCUCCUGACACUGCAUUGACUUCGAACAUGAUUCGUCCCCUCGAUGACGGUUGGGUGCAGUUCCGGUUUGCGCAAGGAUCACCCGAGAAAGAAUUUACGUUUCUCAAAAUCCUACGAGAGUUGAAGAGCAAAGCUACUUCCCCAGAAAAACCACCGAGUCUCUUCGUUUGGCAUGGAAGCCCCCUUGGCAACUGGCAUAGCAUCAUCCGCACAGGACUCGAUUUCCAGGACACGCGGCACGGGAGGGCUUGCGGAAAUGGGGUGUAUUUCAGCAGUGAUCAGAGUGUGAGUAUGGGGUAUACUGGAGCUUCCAAUUCAGGUCCUAAAACACCAUAUUCACCAGUGUGGAGAAGCUCAGAGAUGCGAAUAGCCUCUGCCAUGAGUAUCUGCGAGAUUGUCAACAAACCAGAGGAUUUUGUAUGCAGCAGUACUUGCUUUGUUGUAGAUAAAACGGACUGGAUACAGUGUCGGUACCUCCUGGUGCUAGUGAACCCGACCCCCGAUGCACUCAAAAGUCCUCUUUUCGCGCCGUCUGGCCCACGAUGCCCCGGAUACCUCGAGCAGGACCCCAAGCAUCCGAUUCGAUCGAAGACGGGGUCACCACCGAUGCAGAUUCCAAUGAGUGCUAUUUCCAUGGCCAGAAGGCAAGAAGCGUUGGGUGCGACAUUGACCAUGAGCAAUGCCGAGAUGGAUUCCAUUACAACUGCCAUAGAAGAUGAGGCCAACGAAUGGGAAAGAAGGGCCAGUGGCGAUGAUCUAAACAUUCUGCUGGAAGCUGUAAGGACAGACACGCCAGCCAAGGGUGAGAAGCGCGAACGAAGCAUAUCGCGAAAGACGAGCUGGCAAGACCCAGAAUCGUCAGCUCCACCCUACAAAAGUCCAAAACUGAGCGCUGAUACCGGAAUCGACGACUCCAAUACCACAAAUGUGCUUGCCGUUACCUCAGACAAGUCAAAAUUCCAACCAGGCACCUUGGACUAUACAACCCUACCCAGGCUCCCACCUCCCAGCUGGGCAGUGUCGUCUCCAAUGGCCCUUCGGACCCUUAACAGAGAAUUGAAACAAAUUCACAGCAUUCAAGAACGGAAUGAGGCCGCGUCAUUGGGCUGGUAUGUUGAUACAUCAGUUAUUGACAACCUCUUUCAGUGGAUUGUCCAAUUUCACUCGUUCGACUCGACCCUGCCUCUUGCCGCAGACAUGAAAUCGAGAGGAAUUGACAGCAUUGUACUGGAGCUUCGCUUCGGUAGCAAUUUCCCAAUGAGUCCACCAUUUGCGCGGAUUAUCCGCCCUCGUUUCCUGCCCUUUCUAGAGGGAGGUGGCGGGUACGUCACUGCCGGAGGAGCGAUUUGCUCUGAGAUGCUGACCAACUCCGGGUGGUCACCUGCCCUGAGUAUAGAGAGUGUUUUGCUCCAAAUUCGCCUGGGUCUCUGUGACACCGAACGUCCAGCGAAAUUAGACAGGAAUUGCGGCAACAUGACAGAGUAUGGCAUUGGGGAGGCUAUAGAUGCCUAUGCUCGAGCAGCGAAUAGCCACGGAUGGAAAAUACCCGAGGAUUUGAAGACCAUCCAUAUAGGAUGGGGCGAGUUGACGCCAAGCAUGGGUGUUGGAAGCCCAUACAUAGGUGUGGGAUGA